CGAGCGCCCAAUGGGGAGCGAGAGGCCGCUCGAGCCACCCAGAGCAGCAGCGCCAUGGCGGAGAGCGACUGGGACACGGUGACGGUGCUGCGCAAGAAGGGGCCCAGCGCUGCCCAGGCCAAGUCAAAGCAGGCUGUCGUUGCGGCUCAGAGGAGAGGUGACGAUGUGGAGACCUCUAAGAAAUGGGCAGCGGGCCAGAACAAGCAGCACUCCAUCACGAAGAACACGGCCAAGCUGGACCGCGAGACAGAGGAGCUCCACCAUGACCGGGUGCCCCUCGAGGUGGGCAAAGUGAUCCAGCAGGGGCGGCAGGGCAAGGGGCUCACCCAGAAGGACUUGGCAACGAAAAUCAACGAGAAGCCACAGGUCAUUGCCGACUACGAAUCGGGCAAGGCCAUCCCCAACAACCAGGUGCUGGGCAAGAUUGAGAGAGCCAUCGGCCUCAAGCUCCGUGGGAAGGACAUCGGGAAACCUCUCGAAAAGGGCCCCAAGGCGCAGUGAGGACAAAGCCUCGAAUUCGGGGGGGGUCUUCGAGGGGUCUCGGCCGGGCGCCCUGCAGCGCCCGGGGCCUCCCCCCACCCACCCACCCUGUUCUCUCCCUCCUGCUUCCCAGAGUUCGACUAUGAAUGGGUGGGGAAAGCCACGUCCCAACUGGCUGCCCAUUUCCUCUUUAAAGCAAAUAAAAUGUUUUGCGCA